CAGGUGGCAGCUGUUCAACAUCUUGGACUGGAUCAAAGAACACGGCUGACACGGCCCCAAAAUGCCAGCUCUCAGUCUGGUCACUCUGGUCAGCUUGGUGUCCACUGUUUUCACCAAGCAGCUGGAUGCACACCCUCCCCAACAACAGCACCAGCACUGGGCACAGAUCUGCAGCGGGAACCCCACCAACCGGAUCCGCGGCUGUGACAAAUACGGCUGCGGGAAUUUCGGUGCUCACAGGCACGGUGGCAAAGGCAAGCACGUGGGUGUGGAUGUCAUCUGUUCCGACGGAGCCACGGUGUACGCUCCUUUCAGCGGGCAGCUCUCGGGACCCAUCCGGUUCUUCCAUAAUGGAAAUGCCAUUGAUGAUGGAGUCCAAAUCAAGGGAGAAGAUUACUGUGUGAAGCUUGUCUGUAUUCACCCCAUCCGGUACCAUGGCCAAAUCCAGAGAGGGCAACAACUUGGGAAAAUGCUGCCAAUGCAAAAAGUGUAUCCUGGCAUUAUUUCUCAUAUCCACGUUGAGAACUGUGACCGCUCUGAUCCUACUCAUCUGCUUACGCCUGCUGUUCCACCAUCACCACAACGGGACGGGCGCUGGGCUGCAGUGUGUGCAGGAAACCCUACCAAUGAGAUCAGAGGCUGUGAUAAGUAUGGCUGUGGAUACUAUGGAGCUCCAAGACAUGAUGGCAAAGGGAAGCACCGGGCAGUGGAUGUCAUCUGUGCUGACGGGGCCACUGUGUAUGCUCCCUUCUCUGGCCGGCUCUCUGGGCCUGUUAAAUUCUUCCACAAUGGAAAUGCCAUUGAUGAUGGAGUCCAAAUCAAGGGAUCAGGAUUCUGUGUAAAACUACUCUGUAUCCAUCCCAUAAAAUACAAGGGUGUGAUUUCCAAGGGACAAGUCCUUGGGAGAAUGUUGCCGAUGCAAAGAGUAUUUCCUGGGAUCACAUCACAUAUUCACAUUGAGAACUGCGACCACUCGGAUCCUACAAGCAAUCUUGAAAGGGGGAAAGGGCAAAGAGAUUGAAAUGGAAAUGCAGUCAAUUCCAAAUAAAUCCAUCUCAGCAUCCAAAA